UAUCUCGCUGCCGAUAAGUUAUUAAAACCACCGAAACAACUACGGCAUAUCCCAUACGCCAGUCCAAUCAAAUCACUCUUCGCCGUGAUUCGCGAUGCAUCUGCUGACGAGGUUAGAAGAGCAAUAGCUUACCCGCUGACAACUAAAACUGAGAACGGGCUAUAUUCGCGCUUCGAUCCCACAGGCUGGACCGUUAUUAUUAAUGAUCCAGUUAUUGCCAAGCAGUACCUUUUUAGAUCCACUACAUUUAUACAGAGUCCUCUGAGCGACCAGUUUGCUGGCACGCUUAUUAGCCGUUUCAUUUUGGGCCCUAAUAUCCUUUUCCUCUCUGGGCAGCAUUGGAGAGAUCAGCGCAAGAUUGCCAACCCUACAUUUCACCGGUCCAUGCCGUUAGCGCUAUUUGGACGAUUAACUGAAAAAAUGUUCAAUGUCAUUGACGCUACAGAAGGCGCUAUAGACGUUUAUGACUUGAUGGAACGCUGGACUCUUGACGCAAUAGGAAAUGCAGGUUUAGGCUUCGAUUUUGAUGCAAUCAGCAGCACACACAACAUAUGGAUUCGCAGAUACAACCAUGUAGUCAAAGCAUCGCAAAAUCCCUUCCACGGCCUUUUUCCCGUGCUAGAGCAACGGUUUCUGAACUGGAUUCCGUCGCGUAAACGUGCACAUGAUGUUAUGAGCGUGCUUACAGAAAUGAUUCAAUCGAUCAUUGACCAAAAACGCAAGCUGAUUGAUGAACAGAAGGCACGCGGUAUAGCAGUGCUAGAAGAUCCUGAAAGGGACCUUUUGACAAUGAUGAUUGAGGGAGGGCAACAAGAAGGCCAAGGUUUGACCGACGAAGAGUUGCUGAUAUGUGAAUUCAACAGUAACGUAUUCGUUUUCUUUUUCGCUGGACAUGAUACUACCGCUUCGGCUCUCUCGUCUGCCAUCUCAAGAAAUGAAGCUAUUAAGGUUCUUGGAAACGAGUACAGAAAUGUUGUACCAACAGUGGAGCAAAGCCAGAAAAUGAGAUAUAUCGAACAAGUUAUAAAAGAGACCUUACGCAUGUAUGCACCGGUCGAUUUCCUGGUUCCUCGUCGUGCAGUAAAGGAUACCGAGCUUGGAGGUGUCUUUAUUCCCAAAGGGACUCAGAUAACAUUUUCAACCUACCAGUUGCACCGAAAUCCAAAAGUGUGGGGCGAGAAUCCAGACUUAUUUGAUCCAGAACGUUUCGCGCCUAAAAAGGAAGCAGACUAUAAACAGAACUUUAACUGGCUACCAUUCAGCACUGGAUCACGGCAAUGCAUUGGAAUGAACUUAAAAUUGGCCGAGCAACGACUGCUAUUACCUAUGUUGCUUCGCAAAUACGAAUGGCAUCUCCCAAAGGAUACAAUCCACACGCCGGAAAAUAUUUUUACAAAGGAGUCAUGA